AUGGUGCAGACAACAUCCAAGGUACCGCCAAAGACCGGAGGUGACGAUCUCGAUGAUGGUUUAGAGCUCGACCCUGAUUUCCUUGCUGGCUCAGACGAAGAAGGUGGCUCAGAAGUCGAAGGUGAAGAUGGUAUAUCGGAAAACGGAGAUGGGGAAUUGCCGCCACUAGAGGGUGAAGAAGACGAGAUUGUAAGGAGUCCCAUAGCCGAAGGUAAGAAGCGCUUGAUUGAAGAGGUAGAAGCGGAUGACCGCGAGGACAACGAGGAAGCGAAAAAAGCCGAUAAGAAGAAACGGAAGAAGGAGAAAGAGAAGGAGCGUAAAGCCAAAAAAAGACAGAACCAAGCAGGUAUACCGGCAGAGAAGUCUCUCACCCACCUAACUCCCUCCGAACUAUCCUCAAUCUUACUUAAUUCGAUACGCGAGUCGUACCCAUCAGCAAGUUCAGUCGAAUUAGACGAUAUAACUAUCCCAGAAUCGAAUCUACUCUCGCCUCCAGAUUAUACACCUUCAACAUCCGAGACAGAUCCCUUCAAACCUUUGCAGCAGCGUAUCGAAAGUCUGCUGAAGCCUCUGGAAAAGAAGAAGUUGGUAGUUGGUCAACCUCAGGUGAUCAUACUCGCCUUGUCGGGGUUGCGUUGCGCAGACGUAGUGAGGGGCGUGAGGGAUGUGAAAGGGAAUGGAGAAGUCGCGAAACUAUUUGCGAAGCAUUUUAAGCUUGCCGAUCAGGUCAAGUUCUUACAGAAUAAGAAAGUCUCAAUAGCUGUCGGUACGCCGGCAAGAGUUGGAAAACUCCUGAUGGAAGGAGCGAUCAACAUCACGUCUGAUACCGUAUUACUCCUUGAUGUAGGUCAUCAAGACAGCAAAACAAGAACUAUACUGAAUCUACCCGAAGUCCGAGACGAACUAUGGAAGUCUGUCUUCAGCGGUAAAUCGAGGGAGACACUGCUUGGCGGCGGCAUACGUAUAGGAGCGUUCUGA